CCUCUUCCCAAGCACCGUUUAAGCUGUGAGUGAUGCUAAAAUAGUGCGAAAGAAGGGGAACUUUUCGUCCGCGAUCUGGCUGCACUGGUUUUGAUAUUUUUGUAAUCAUAAAAAUAUGGCUGCGUCGUUGGUCAGAGCAUGUUUUAAACCACAUUCAUUGACGCGAUUGUUUACUGAAAUUUUCAAGAAUACCGAAUGCCAUGGAGCUACAAAUAAAUUUAUGCGUGCAAAAGUAUGUAUUGAAUGUCACUGCUAUCAUACAACACCAGUCUUUUUCAAAAGAAGAAAAUCCCGGGAAGACAAGAAAAAAGCACCUGAGUUCACUCCAAAACCAAAAUCUAUAAGCAAACAGCCGGUUGUUAAUGUUUGGAAAAAUAUGACUGUAAGAGAAUUAUCAGAAUCUACCGGAAGAUCAGUUAACGAUGUUCUAGAAGCUAUUUCUUAUUUUGAUUCCAAUAGAUAUAAUAAAAAUACGAUUAUUGAAGAUAAGAGUAUUAUAUUCGGGUCAGUAGCUAAAUUAGGAGCUAAAUAUAAAAUCGUUUCUUCACCACAUGAAAAAAACGAAGAAUCUAAAGACCAUGAUGUCGUCAAAAGGCCACCUCCAGAUCCAUCAAUAUGCAUAAAAAGACACCCAGUUGUCACAGUAAUGGGUCAUGUAGAUCAUGGUAAAACAACAUUACUAGAUUCUUUACGGCAUACAUCGGUAGUAGCUUCUGAAUUUGGUGGAAUAACUCAACACAUUGGAGCUUUCAAUGUAACACUAGAUACUGGUGAAAAAAUAACUUUUCUUGAUACUCCUGGGCAUGCUGCAUUCAGUGCGAUGCGAGCUAGAGGUGCUCAAGCAACAGAUAUUGUAAUUCUUGUAGUAGCUGCUGAUGAUGGUGUUAUGGAGCAAACUAUUCAGAGUAUUAAAAUGGCGAGAGAUGCUAAAGUACCUAUUAUCGUUGCUAUCAAUAAAAUAGAUAAACCCGAAGCAGAUAUUGAAAGGACACAGAAUAUGUUAGCUCAGCAUGGCAUUCAAGUAGAAGCACUUGGUGGUGAAGUACCGAGUGUUAAUAUUUCAGCACUUAAAGGAAUGAAUUUAAAAGAAUUAGUUGAAACAAUUGUUGCUCAAGCAGAAAUUAUGGAUUUGAAAGGUGAUCCUAAGGGAUUUGUUGAGGGUGUUGUUGUUGAAGUUUCUACCGAAAUUGGUCGUGGAAAACUUGCUACUGCACUUAUUCAACGUGGUACAUUACGAAAAGGAUCUAUUCUUGUUUGCGGACUCGCGUGGGCUAAAGUAAGAGCGAUGUUUGAUCACGCAGCUAAUCCUGUUUCAGAAGCUAAAUUAUCAGAUGCAGUCCAAAUAAUUGGAUGGCGGGAAUUGCCGUUAGUUGGUGAUGAAAUAAUUGAAGUUGAAGAUGAAAAGAGAGCUCAUCUAGCUAUUAGAUUUAGAAAGGCUAAAGAAAAUGCAACUAAGGCUGUUGAAAUACUGGAAGUUAUAAAAGAGAAACAGGCAGAGCAUGAAAAAGUAUAUAAAGUCCAGCUGCAGGAAAGAAGAGCUUUAGGAAGGUAUAGGAAGAAAAAACAAUAUGGUGACAGACCGAAAGAAAUACAAGAAGAUGAUGGUAUUCCGAGACUACAUGUUUUAGUUAAAGGUGACGUUCUUGGUUCCGUUGAAGCUAUAUUAGAUGUAUUUGAUACGUAUGGAGAUGAAAAUCGUUGUCAUCUUGAUGUUAUUCAUUAUGGUAUUGGGCCAGUAACUGAAUCUGACAUUGAAUUAGCUGAUGCUUUUGAUGCAAUUAUUUAUACUUUUAAUGUUAAUUCUCCAAGACAAAUUGAAGACUUUGCUAAAAACUUUAAGGUACCUAUUCAUUCUUAUAAAGUUAUUUACAAACUCAUAGAUGAUAUUAAAAAUGAAAUUUGUAAAAAAUUACCACCUGAUCAUAUUGAAGAAAAAAUAGGUGAAGCAAAUGUUCUGCAACAUUUUGAAAUAACGGAAAGAAAAAAGAAAAUAAAUGUCGCUGGAUGCCGAUGUACUGAUGGAAUUCUCAAGAAAGAUUCUUCGUGCAGAAUCAUGAGAAAUGGUGAAAAAAUUUACGAAGGUAAAGUAGCAGGAAUAAAACAUUUGAAAACUGAAGUUAAUAGUAUAAAAUCAGGCGUGGAAUGUGGUUUAAGAUUUGAAAAUCCAGAUAUUAUUGUACAACCAGGAGAUACAAUUAUUUGCUACGUAACUCAUGAAGUACAACCGAGUGUUAAUUGGGAUCCUGGAUUCUAAUUUUUAGACUGGUGUAAUUUUUUUUUUUUUAGACAUAAAAAAUUAAAAAAUAUUUGAAUACAAAGUAAUGAACUGUUCAAUCACUUAGAUUAAUUUUAUUUUACUCUCUUUAAAAUUUAUUUAUCAAUAGAUAAUUUAUGUCAUUAACAAUAAACUGAGCUAAGUAAAUUUUAAAGUAAUAGUUACGGUGCUUUUAUAACUCAGACACUUCUAAAUCUGUUACCUCAAGUAUUAUUGUCGUUAAGACACAGAAAUCUAUUGACCGACGAAUUUAAAUAGCUCAGACAAAUCUAAUUCUAUUGCUUGAGGUUCUUUCGCACCUAGAAUACGUCUAAAUAUAUUCUUAAAACUUCCAUCGUUAAGACAUGUAUUAUAUAUUUAAAAUAUUUUUAUGACAAAGAUAGAUCCUUUUUAUUUAAAAUUUAUUCAUUAAUACAUUCAAGUGUAGAUGGAAAUUUUUCAUUUUAUCUAUUUUUUGUAUUUACCCAGAAUUUAAAUAUCUAUAAUUUUUUUGUGUUUUUUUUUAUGGUAUCUAUUAACUAAUAAAUAUUUUAGAAAAUAUUUCCUGUUUCGUAAAAAAAUUAAAGUUGAUUAGUUCGGGAUUUUCCAUUAAACUUAUAGAUAAACUUACGAUAAAUAAAUAUACAGUUUAAAUAUCUAAUAGAAAAGGAAUUUAUGAUUAAAAUGUAUGAGCUAAAAUUCAUGAAGAUUUAUCAAUUAUUAUUAUCAUUACAACUGUGAAGUUACAAAUAUUAUUGACAAAUUUUGAAUAAUAUCAAUUGAAAUAUUCAAUGAUUAAAAAUAUUUAUUCAUAGAGUUUAAAAUAUCAAAUUAAGUAUAAAAAUUUAUAUACCCUGACGUUAUUUUAUAAUCAUUCAAAGCAAAUAUUCAAUUACUUUGCGUAGCAUGCAAUAAGUUUAUGAUUUUAAUUUAUUUAUUUAAGCGGUUUUAUUAUUUUUUGUCACAGAGUAAAAUAAAAAAAAAAUAUUAAAUACGCUGAAUCUUUAAGUACAAAUUUAUUAUUUAUUGCUGGAUAUGCCAGACUGAUUCAUCGUGCACGUUUUAUAUAUCACGGUUUACACGAACAGACGUCAAACUCUCGUGGUCUUUUUUUUAUUGACAUUUAAUUAAAAAAAUAAAUAAAAGAAUUCAAUUUAAUUAUUGAAAAAAGUAUGAAAGAGAUAUUUACGAGAUAUUAUUGGACGGUUCAAUGAAUCGGUUUCCUCGACUCUGUUAUAUUUUUCAUGGUCUCGUUUAUCUCUAUUUCAAUUGAAAGAAAAAAAUUAAUUAUAUCAACAAUAUUAUCAUCUAAUUGAUACUGAAAAAUAAUCAUCAAUAGUACGGAAUCCAACAUUUUUAAAUGCAUUAAAAUUAUUAAUUAUCAUUAUUAUUUAAUCGAAAGACCACGAAAGUCUAGAAAAAAAAGAAGAAAUCCAUUCGCAGGAUUAUUAAAUUUAUACUAUUCAGUCUAUUGCGAUUGCUAUUUAUUAUUAAUCGCAGUAAUAAAAACUCUUUAGCUACACAAUCAGAUAUUGACAAUACAGCUUUAAGAGUCGAAAGAAUAAUAAUAAUAAGUGAGUUCUUUGUCGCAAUCCCUUGUUGAAAUAAACGUGAUAGUUAUUUAAAAUUGUAAGUAACACGCCAGGGAAUUAUUGUAAUUUCAAUUAUUAUUAAGAAGCAUAAGCUUCACGAAAUCGACGUUGAAGAUGAUGAUACGCCGACAAAACGCCACGUUUUUUUUUCUGAAGACGACAAAGCACCGGUUCUUGAGGUGGGUUCAAGAUCGAUGUGUCCAAUGUUUCAACCUCGGUCUUCUCAUCGGGUUCAACGCAAAAUCCAAGAGUAUGGCGGCUUCGUGGACAGUGUUCGGGAACAACUACGCGAUGUUUCAAUGAUACCAUCUGUUGAUUGGUCCAUUUAGCCAAAGUAUCGCCAGCACAAACGAGAAUACCUCCAGGAAAGUAUCCUACACGUGACCAACGAUCACUAUAAAUUGACUUAACUUCAAAGCCACUUUCACAAUCC